AUGGCCGGUUCAAACACCACCGAUCCAAAGACCACCGAUCCAAAGACCACCGAUCCAAAGGGCACCGAUCUAAAGGGCAUGAUUUAUGAUCCCAACAAUCCUAUCAAAACCUUUCCAUCAGUGGAACUGAGUGAGGCCAUGCGCGCGGCCCGAUUACCGGAGCUCGACAAGAAGACCUCCGACUGGGUGAACUUCAUCAACACCCCUCAACCCCCCAACAGCGGAACACAACCAGAGAACACCUCUAGCCAUUCGGUAAAGAAUGAAGAUUACCUCAUGAAGCCUGCUAGCCAGGCUGCGCAGGUCGAACCGUGGGUCAGACCUGGCGAAGCUGCCGCUUCACGCCGGGGUGUUAUGUCUAGCCAACUGGCAUACGCGAAGGCCGUCCAUGAUACCGAGGACGCAAGCAAGAAAUUCCUCGGGGAAUCAUCCGCAAACAAGGAGCCAAAGAAGGAGCCAAAGAAGGAGCCAAAGAAUGAGUAG